UAGAAAUGGGAGUUUUCACGUUUUAAAAUAAUUCCGUUCACUAAAGUGGAUUUCAAGAUAUUGAUUUACCUUGGAUUAAUACCAACUCUGUGAAUCACUUCUAUCGGAAUAUACGACUGGUUGUUUAAAUGUCUUGAAAAUGGCUAAUCAAGGUCAACCACAAGAGGGAGCUAAUAAUGUGAACAUUCAAGACGCACAUAUCAAUGAACUGCAUGCAGCCAAUGUAAAUCGGCUUCAUGCUCAGGCAGACAUAGUUCAAGUGGGUGACAUUCAACAAGCUCAUGCAGAGUUCAUUCAUGCAGACAAUGUUCAGAACCUUCAUGUACACUAUGACAAUGAUGCAGCGCCACCUCCACCAGCUGCACUACAACCUCAAUUACAACAUGAUGCAGCAUUUCCCAGGACUAUGCAAGAGGAAAUGCCGUCCACUUCAGGUUAUGCAUCGAGUACACACAGCACAGAACGACGGAAUGUUAACUUAGAAAUGCGCAACGAAGAGUUGCUUGUGGCAGGUGAAUCGAUAUUAUCCAAGGGACAAAAUGCAACUACAAUAAUUCGUGACAGUGUUUUCAACAUCAUGGGAGGCUCACAAUAUGCUCUGCACCCUCCAGCUGUACCACAACCUCAGGUACAAGCUGAUGAAGCUUCAACCAGAACUAUGCAAGAGGAAAUGCCGUCCACUUCAGGAGAAACUACAAGAGCUCAGAAAAUGAAGGGAUCCACUGAUGCCAAACUUGCCUCAGAUGGUUUUCCUUGUCCAGUCUAUGAAAUCGCGCCUAUACCAUCAAGAAUCCGUACAAAAAAAGGAAUUGGUAAAAAGGCAAAAAGGAAACGAAGAAAGCAUGCAAAAAAAUUUAUCAAAUAUUUCAACAAGAGAACCCUGGAGCAAACAAAAGUGAAAAUCACAGAAGAUUACAAACAGCUAAACCUAAACGAACCAGACUUUGAAGUAAAUCCCCAACUUAGAGAAGUGCCACAUUUCUACAGAGGAGAAAUGGCCCCCAAGACUAGGCAAUAUAAUAUCGAGACUGGAUUCACUGUCAUAACAAAUGAAGAAAAAUUUGGAAAACCUAUUUCUCAUAAUGAACUCAUAGAAAAAUUAGGCAACAAAAAAUACAGGUAUAUUGCCAUAUUGGGACAGGCAGGUGGUGGGAAAACGACAAGUAUGAAACGCCUUGCACGAACACUUCAUAUCACAAACAAAUUAGGAGAAGAAGCCCAAGCCGAAGAAGCAUUGCAGCUGGAACAUCGCUUUGAAUUUAUUCAUCACUUGAACAUCAAAGAUAUCCCCGUUUUAAAAGGAACUACACGAGAUGAAGCCAUCAGUCCAUUUGAACUUCUUUUUGGGAAAGAAGCUUCAGGACUCUCACCACAAGAAUUGGAAGAAGGCUAUGAACGGCUGCAACAAAAUCAAUCAAAGUCAAUUCUUUUUCUUGACGGACUUGAUCAAGCAACUUGGACUAUUCUCGGCAAACACAACAAGAUGAAAUAUACCGAUAAAUCUAGCACAGCAACUGUCAUGUACAAUAUCAUAACAGGAAAUCUCUUUCCUGACAUGACGAUCGUGAUUUCAUCGCGCGAGUUCAGAGUGGCAUCACUCCCAUCAGAAUUGAGGCCGCAAUUCAUAACUGCCCUCGCUGGUCUGGCUCAAAAUGAUAUCAAGCGUUUGUUCAUUGCAAUUAUAGGAGACAGCGGUGAAAAAGCUUGGGAGAAAUUAACAGUGCAGUCACCCGCACUUAUCCCGUUAUCAUCUGUUCCUCUUUUCCUAAUAUUCAAUGCAAUCGUUUGCAAGGACAACCCAGAUAAUCCACCAGAUACUAUGACUGAGGUAAUGCUACAAAUCCUCCACAUCUUCAUGCGAUCAGAUCAUGCCCAUAAAAAGGAACCUAUUGAAGAAAUACUCCAGAAACUGAUGCAAAUGUCAUUCGAAGGCACAAAAGAAAAGCGAGUCAUUUUCACAAUCAAGGAUCUCGAAAAAGUAAAGCUUAGUCCUCUUGAGGUUCGGGACUUUGUCAUCAAGGUACCUGGGAAAAAUAUGUUCAAUCAGCAUCUCAUGGAAGGAGACCAUCUAAUGUUCUUCAGCCAUCAAAUCCUUCAAGAAGUAUUAUCCGCUCUCUAUAUUUCAAACAUGGAUUCUAUUGCGUUUCGCACCUUUAUCGAAACUGAGAUUCGAGACGAUCAUUGGGCAGUUAUUCGACGUUUUCUAAGUGGAAAUAUUCUGAAUCCUGAUAUUGAAAGCAGUCUUAUAACAAAUCUUUCUUCUGGUGCCAGACAAGAUGAUAAAAGAGAAAUUCUAAGAAAAUUUCUCGCACAUCAAUCAAGUCAAGAAAUGGAAUCGUAUCAGAAGUUGGAGCUGUUUGGGACAUUAUACGAAGCUAAUGACACCGAUCUUAUUCGUUCCUGCAUCAAGUACAUCAAUUUUCACACGAAUCCUUCACUACAGUCGGAAUGCAUGCAAUGUCAUCGGUCAUGCGACGUUGCAGCCAACUAGAUCAGGUUCGCCUCUCCAAUUGUGGUCUCAAUGCCGAGUUGGUUCAUAUCCUGAAGUCAAAUCUAAAUGGUUCUUCU